AUGAUAUCUGUUCCAUUCCUUUUGAUCUACAUCUUGACAUUGGUCGGGAACCUGCUGAUUAUUGUGUUGGUCCUGAAGGUUCAAAGCCUGAAAUCUCCCAUGUAUUUCUUCCUCACUCAGUUAUCAUUAUCUGAUAUUCUGCUCACCACAGACAUUACUCCUUAUAUGCUCCAUCUUAUCAUUAACGGAGGAAGCACGAUAUCUAUUACUGGCUGCCUCACACAGUACUUUUUCUAUUGUGUUUCGGGUACCGCUGAAUGUUUUCUUCUCGCAGUGAUGUCCUAUGACCGAUAUUUGGCUAUUUGUUGGCCGCUCCAUUACACCUCAAUCAUGAAUCUAAGGCUCCAGCUCCAACUCAUCCUUUGCUCAUGGCUUGUAGCCUUUAUGAUAAUUCUUUUUGCUCUUUCACUCAUGUGUAAUUUGCAGUUCUGCUCUCAUGUUAUUGACCAUUAUUUCUGUGAUUUAGCACCUAUUCUGGAGCUAUUUUGUUCAGAUCAUACCUUUCUUGAUAUUACUUUUUUUAUGACCGCUAUUAUUGUCACUCUUAUCCCAUUUCUCUUCAUAGUUUUCACAUAUAUUUCCAUUUUUAUGACCAUUUUUAGACUUUCUUCCCACACUAAGAAGCAGAAAGCCUUUUCCACCUGUGGUUCUCAUUUGACUGUAGUAAGUAUCUACUAUGGGACUCUAAUCACUAUUUACAUGGUUCCCACCAAAGGUCAAUCAUUUAAUGUCAAUAAGGUGAUAUCGCUCCUAUAUACCUUAGGAACCCCAUUUUGCAACCCAAUCAUAUACAGCCUCAGGAAUCAAGACAUUAAGACUGCCAUGAUGAACGGCUUCUUGGCUCUGUGCCCAGAUGGCCAAGUGACACUAGCGCCCAAGAGAUGA